GAUCCGGCGAUCCCCCUCCUCGCCGUCCGUGCCACCGCCGCCUUCUCCUCCCUCCCAUCCCCCGCGCGCGGUUUUCUUUGGCGUUGAAACGAGUCAAGAACGCCUUCUUCUUCUUCUUGUUCCGUUCGAUAUCCCCGUGCAGAGGCAAGGCGGCGGGUCUCCCGUUCUUGGAUGGUCGUUGUUGGUUUCGGUUGGUGUCGAUGGAGUUCUGGCCGGAGUUCUUGGCGAGCAGCUGGGGGAAGGAGUUCGUGGCGGGGGGAGUCGGGGGCAUGGCCGGGGUGCUGGCGGGACACCCGCUCGACACGCUCCGCAUCCGCCUGCAGCAGCCGCCGCCGCCCGCCAGCCCCGGGAUCACCGCCGCGCCGGGGCGCCCCGCGUCCGCCGCCUCGCUGCUCCGCGGCAUCCUCCGCGCCGAGGGCCCCUCCGCGCUCUACCGUGGCAUGGGCGCGCCGCUCGCCUCCGUCGCGUUCCAGAAUGCAAUGGUCUUCCAAGUCUUCGCGAUCCUGUCGCGGUCGAUCGAUCAACCGAGCUCCAUGUCGGAGCCACCGUCGUACACCAGCGUGGCGCUCGCCGGCGUCGGCACCGGGGCGCUGCAGACGCUGAUCCUGUCCCCCGUCGAGCUCGUCAAGAUCAGGCUGCAGCUGGAGGCGGCCGGGCAGAAGCACCGCCGGCCCGGCGACCACCACGGGCCCGUGGACAUGGCGCGCGACAUCCUGCGGAAGGAGGGCGUCCGCGGCAUAUACCGCGGCCUCGCGGUGACCGCGCUCCGGGACGCGCCGGCGCACGGCGUGUACUUCUGGACGUACGAGUACGCGCGGGAGCGGCUGCACCCGGGGUGCCGCGGCCACGGCGGGGAGCAGGAGAGCCUCGCCACCAUGCUCGUCUCCGGCGGCCUCGCCGGCGUCGCCAGCUGGGUCUGCUGCUACCCGCUCGACGUGGUGAAGUCGCGGCUGCAGGCGCAGGGCUACCCGCCGAGGUACCGUGGCAUCGCCGACUGCUUCCGGCGGAGCGUCAGGGAGGAAGGGCUCCCCGUGCUGUGGCGCGGCCUCGGCACCGCCGUCGCGCGGGCGUUCGUCGUCAACGGCGCCAUCUUCUCUGCCUACGAGCUGGCACUCCGGUUCUUGGCUAGCAGCAGCAACGACCAGAGGCUGGUCAUGGAGGAGAACUGAAUCACCGAGACGGCGAGACUGCAGGGGUUGUACAUAGACUAGUAUUCAUUGGCAGCAUUUCCGAGGCUCGUAGCGUCGCAAGAAGAUGAGAUUUUCAGAGAAAGCAUCGUUGCUGCAGAGUUCGUGUAGAUUGGCAUUAUAGGUUUGCCAAAUGAUGAUGAUGAUCAAUCCCCAAUUGUCUAGGGAAAACUUUUUCUGGUGUACUGCUAUUACAGAUAUAAUAACAUUGUUUGAGACAGUAAAGACUAAAAUUAAUCUUCUUGUCUUGCUGGGA